AUGGCCGUCCCAGCCACGACUACCAAGACCGCGACGCCAAAGGCAGCAAACGCCGCUGGUGUCAAGAAGACCGGCCCCAAGGGCGGGCGCGUAGGCAAGAAGAACAACGCCAGAACAGCAAUGGCCAAGAUGCAAGCAUACUUCAAGGCUCACCGCAGCGAGUACAAGGACCUGUCUUUCAAGGAGCAACAGCAAGAGCUGGGCAAGAAGUGGAAAGUUUCGCCAGAGAACCCCAAGAACAGCGCCUGA